AUGUCGUAUCGCAAAGUAGACGCAUCCGAUCCACGCCGGCCCGAGCUGGUGCGGCCGCUGGCGCUGCCCAAGUCGUGGAACGCGGACGACCUGGACGUGUACGCCUCCUUUCUCGGCAGCGUAAGCAUGAUGUCGGGCGCAGCGAUGCUCACACGGGCGCCUUACAUUGCGUAUGCCGGGCUCGUAUUCGCCUGUGCACACAUCGCACACGACAAGCCUUUCAAGUCGAAGAAAACAAGCGACGUGGCGACCGGUGGGCCAUACAUGUCCCUCAUGUUCGCGUUCUUGGCCCUUCUCGCCUUGAUCCUUCCAAAGCUCUCCAAGGACGAUCCUCUUGGACUCACGCGUUGA